CACAGUACUGAACCUUCUCUAGUAUAAUCCACUCAACCUCCCUCGGUUCUCUCUCCCAUUUCUCUAACCCAAAAGCUGACACCUCUCUCUCUCUCUCUCUCACACACAUUGCUAACGGCUAUAUAUAGGUACAACUUCUUUCACCGUAUAAGCGAUUAUUCUUGUUUUUAAGUUGAACAAUGGGAUUCCCAAUGGGAUAUAGUGAUCUUUUUCUUCCAAAACUGUUAGUUUACUUUCUGACAGUUCUGUUUUUCAUACGAAAAUCAACGUCUGCGGUUUUUUCUCUACUGGGCUUCAGGGAUUUCUUGGAAUCGGAAAUGGCGUACCCGGUCCGGAUGGAUUCAGCGUCGGAGCAACCCAAGUCCGUAUCCGCAGAGCUGAUCCGGGAGGUUUUGCCAGUGGUGAAAUUUUCCGAUUUAAAUGAAUUUGAACCGCCGGAAAACUGUGCUGUCUGCUUGUACGAGUUUAACGCCGACGAUGAGAUCCGACGGCUGACAAAUUGUCGACACGUAUUUCACAGGAAUUGUCUGGACCGUUGGAUGGACCACGAUCAGAAAACGUGUCCGCUUUGUAGAUCGCGGUUUAUUCCCGAGGAAUUACAGGAGGCUUUUAAUGAGAGGGUAUGGAUGGCUUCAGGGAUUUCUGAUUUCUACGGCGAGCAUUUGCCGAUUACUGCGGGUUUGUAGUUUUUUAUUGUAAUUUCUUCUUCUUCAUUUUUUGGUGGGUUAAAUGUAAAUAUUGGCUGCAAAUAUGGUAAAAAAAAAAAGGGAAAGAGGAGGAGGAUGAUAUUGUACAGUUUUUUGUUUGGUAAUGAAUUUUAGUAAUUUUGAGGUUC